AUGUCUCGACGCCCAAGUUGUAGAUUUUAUAACUCGCCAGGCGGCUGUCGCCGUGGCACAUCUUGUACUUUUGAACACAUUCCAAAUGCACAGCAUCGAGGAGGAGAUGGAAGACCGUCAUCACCGGGCGCGUCUUCUGAUGGAUCUCCUUCACGACGCAAUGCUCAAGGCCCUCAACGCCAAAUGCCACCGUCAAGCCCACCUCCUCGAGGAGUGUGCCGAUUCUUUUGGGAGACAGGACGAUGUUUUCGAGAGUUCGGCUGCCGUGGUGCACAUACCCUCCCGCAGGCAUUCAUCGCCCCAUUCCUUACAGAGAAAGGUCUAUCGAAACUCGUAGGAGGUGGUACCGAUGGUUAUUUCCCUCAGGAUGCUACAACAUCUUUGACUCCGUCAGAGACCCAAAGUCGUUUGAGGAGAUUCUUCCGAGAAGACUUUCGAUUCAAGACUGCACCUGAGGUCUACGGCUUUCUCGUCUCACUGUCAAGCGCCAAUAUUCAAAAUGGCUCAUGGAACACUGGUCGACUUCGGGUCGCCGAGAUAGUGACUUGGCCCCAAGUUUCCUCAAAAACAACGAUGGGUCGCGAAAUUCUUUCAUUUCAGAGAGGGCUUAUCCCCCUGCUUAGAUAUAUGUCUUCUGAUUUCGUUGUUCAGAGCACUUUAAGGACUCAAGCAAAUCAACUGUACAUGACGGUUUUACAGAACCUUCCAAGUUUUGCAGAUGCUGUCGAGAAGUCCAUGGACAGUAUCAUUGCUUCCCGUUCCUUUAGUGACCCGGGAACUGUCACUACCUUCAUUAUUAUUGCUGCAAUCCGCAUUAGGUUUCUUGUUCGCUUCAAGAACGCUGUUGCGACAUAUCCUCGGCUGGCACCCUUGGUCAUGAACUUGCAGAAAUGGUUUGUAGAGUGGAAGACUGGUGUUCAAGCUAAUCCGCCUUCAUUCGAUAAUUUUCUUGGAGGCCUGCAGCCUACUGUACGAGACCUGCUCGUUCAAACUCUCAACGAGAAGAUUCACAAGUUGGUUUCCAUUGUUGAACGGGAACAAGGAAAAGAAAAACGUCCUGAUCGUCAAAAACAGUCGGCCCCCUCCAAUGAGGGCAUCCUUGCUGCUCUCCAUAGCGGAUAUCAAGGUCCAGGUGCCGUACGUGAAGGUGGACCUCGUCACGAUAAUGACUUUGAGGACAUCUAUGACAUUCGCAUUGCUCCCACUCAUGAAGAACUCAUGAGCCGUAUUCCCCCGUUUCUGCCUGUCAACUUCUUCGGUGCUCCUCAUCCAGCACCUAUGGAGAGCAUGCAACGCUUGCUCGACAUCCAGUUCAGGCUUUUGCGAGAAGAGUUAACCGCCCCUUUGCGUCAAGCUAUUCAGCUCGUCCAUGAUGACUUCAAAACACAGCCGCGCAAGAAGACAAAGCUCGCAGAGCUUCUAAAGAACAGGGGAGGAAAGUACCGUGGCCAAGCGGACACACAGGACAGUCUUAUGUUUAACGUCUACACUGGCGUUGAUUUUGAGUCGCUCAUACCUGACUGGAGAGGUAUCUCUGCAAGCAUCGUCAUCGACACGCCCCCGGGUCGUGCGCGCUCCAACAACUCCCAUAUGCGAACUUCAUUCUGGGAGGGUGGCAAGCGCCUUUCCCAGGGCGGCUUGAUCGCCCUUGUGUGGCAAUCUGGCAAUGAUAUCUCUGUGCACCUUGGGGUGAUCGCCAGCUCCCUCAGAGAUCUCACUGAGCAUGCGAAGCGCGAUCCAGAUCGCGUGAAGCUUCGCAUCGUCUUCUUCGACACGAAGUUAGAGUUGCGUAUUUUGCAGGAGCUCAGGAACCCUCAGAUGUCCGGACAACACAUCAAGUUAUUAGUCGAAUCCUCCGUCAUGUUUGAAGCCAUCCGACCAUUCCUCGAAGCUCUGAAACGCGAACCCGAGCUAAUCCCGUUCCCGCGCUAUCUAGUUCACCGGCCACCAGGAUUUCUAAAUACUUGCAAAGUGGAUCCUCCACGUUACUCAACGAUGCCUGGCUUCGCGUUCAAUCUUUCAUGUCUCUUCCCCGACAAGACAGACGUGGAGGACUUGACGCUCUCAGUGACAGAUCAUCAAUCUAUCGAAAAUGCGCGUGCUGAGCUGCGGCGGAGUAGCCGCCUUGACCCCAGCCAGGCGGAUGCAGUUGUUGAUGCACUGACGAGAGAGGUGUCCUUAAUUCAAGGUCCUCCAGGGACAGGGAAGAGUUAUACCGGUGUCGAGUUGCUCCGUGUGCUGCGAGCCAAUGAUGUCGGCCCCAUCUUGAUGAUCGCAUUCACGAAUCACGCACUGGAUCAUAUGCUUAGCUCUGUGCUGGAUGCAGACAUCACCAAAAAGGUUGUCCGUUUGGGCUCUCGCUCAGCGGAUGAGAGAAUUUCACAAUAUUCGAUCGAGACGCUGGAAAAGGUGAACGAGGAGUCUCGCCUCAACAGAACGUUUUCCAGCAAACGCAGGGAACUCAAGGAGAUCCAAGAAAGUAUUAGGAACUUGAUGUUCAAGGUCCUGAAGGACGACUUGGAAUCGAACUCCACCGAAGUCAUUAAGUAUAUCUCAGUCUUGCAUCCGGAGCACUUCGAAUACCUAGCUUCUCCGCCAAUGUGGAUUCAGAACAUCAAGUCCCUUUUCGGCAGCGACGACGACGACGGUGCAGGUGAAUGGCAGCAACAAGGCCGACGAGGCAAGACUUUUGUCAAGGACAUGUCAUUCUAUGCAUUUUGGAGGGACGGAUCUGACUUGGAAUUCAUCGGAGCUUUGAAUGAUGGCUCAUACGCACCUUGGAAAACCACACCUCCGCCUAACGAAACGACAAGCAACAAGUAUAAUCUUUUAGAACAGGAUUCUUUACCAGAUUCAGAUGAUGAAUACAUGACGAGCGAGGAGCAUGAUGAUGAGUUGCUCCCUGAAGACCUACCAGUCGAGGACGUUUGGAUGAAAGUUAAGAUCGAGCCGCCAUCUCCCGGAACUGCUAGUUCGAAGGAAGUCCCUGUUGCUCCCACCAAAGCUCCUGUUGCCCCCAUUCCGUCUCCCGAGCCUGAACCCCGUGACGACGCUGGCCUGGGGCAGGCAGACUUCAGGGACCCUGAAGGAUUCCUUGAAGUCAUCGGAUGCUCGCAAUGGCCUGUCGUUCCUACUUCCGAUCGCCCCUUGAAUGAACUGCUCGAUGAUGUCGAUGACGUUUGGACCAUGAGCAGGGCAGAACGGCACAUUUUGCAUAAUUUCUGGGUUGAAAAUACGCGCAUAGCGUUGGCUGAGACACAGAAAGGCGAGUUUGAGCGCCUUCGUGAACUUCACGAGGGUAUACUGCGAGAAUGUAACGAAGGCAAAGAAGAGGUCCGUCGAAAUUUACUGCGCAAUAUUGAUAUCAUUGGUUGUACCACGACCGGUGCCGCCAAGUUGGCCACGCUCCUAGAGGGUUUGAAUCCUCGAGUUUUGCUCGUUGAGGAAGCUGGACAGGUUCUAGAGGCUCACGUGCUCGGAAGUUUGGUGUCCUCGAUUGAGCACCUUAUUAUGAUUGGUGACCCCUUACAACUCCGGCCGACACUCAAUAAUUUCUCGUUGUCCAUGGACAGCCAGAGAGGGCGAGAUCUCUACAAGUUUGACAUGUCCCUGAUGGAACGUCUUUCGAGCUCCGGGCUGGCUAUGUCCCGGAUUGAUGUACAACGCCGAAUGCGGCCUGCAAUUUCGAGUUUGAUUAGGAACACGCUCUACCCCGGUCUUGAAGAUCAUGAACUCGUCCACCACUAUCCCUCUGUCCGCGGCAUUGCGAAGAAUCUGUUCUUCUUCAAUCACAACCAUAGGGAAAAUGAGGGUGCAGAAGACUCCGCCAGCAAGUACAAUUUAUUCGAGGCAAGGCCGCAAGGCUGCUAUUCUGAAGAGGGUGACAUCGUGGUUCUUUGUGCCUACCUUGGUCAGCUUGCCAAGCUACGAGAUGCCCUCGCUAACGAGGUGGCGAUUGUGAUUGAUGAGCGCGACCAAGCUGCUCUUGCUGACCAAGAGGGAGAUGAUGAAAAUGAUUUGAGUUGUGGGAUCACGAUUGAACAUGUAAAAGUCACGAGAAGGGUUCGAUUGCGUACGGUUGACAACUAUCAAGGCGAAGAGGGUAGAAUCGUGAUCUUGUCAUUGGUUCGAAAUUCCGGCGAACUAGACGAUGAAAUGGCUAUGCUUGGGUUCACGCACGGAUCCAGACCUAGCAUCGGUUUCCUAAAGGUGAGUAACAGGGAUACAACUUCGAGUGGUAUAAUGGUGUGGCACGCUGAUCAUUGUGCUUUAGUGGCCUUGUCUCGUGCACGCGAAGGUCUUUUCAUUUUUGGGAACGCCACCAACCUGUCCUCCAGGAGUCGAAUGUGGCGGCGGAUCAUCGAGGAACUGGAAAGGGACGAAGCCCUUGGUCCAGCACUUCCUAUCAUUUGUCAUCGACACCCGGAGACCCUCAAGUAUGUUUGCAAACCAGGUCAACUACCUCAAAUCGCACCUGAUGGAGGAUGCAUGCGACCCUGCGACUUCCGUUUGAACUGUGGUCACAUGUGUCCAUUCAAGUGUCACAGCGAUGACCAGAAACAUGCUUCCGUAACGUGCAUGCAGUCAUGUACGAGGCUUUGCACAAGGGGCCAUCCAUGUACCAAGCAAUGCGCUUCCCCAUGUGGCGAUUGUUUCUUCCCAGAAGCCAAUGUCCAACUUCCGUGUGGACACCUGAAGGCCUCUGUUCCAUGCCACGGGAUGAGCGCGUUGGAAAAUGUCUACUGUGAUUUCGUGGUUGACAAGGAAUUGCCUUCUUGCGAGCAUACUGCUCGCAUGGCGUGUUCGACUAAUCCAGCUACUUAUCUCUGCAAGGCUCCAUGUAACGAGAUUAUGAGUUGCUGUGGAAGAUCAUGCAACGCAAAGUGCUACGAAUGCCAGCAGAAAAAUACACCUUCCGCAGGAGAACAUACACCGAGGGCACGGCAUGCUGCUCACCCCUGCGAGAAACCACUUUUCUGCGAGCAUUUGUGUCAGGAAGCUUGUUCUGAUGAUCACAAGCACACCGUCGCCUGCAGGAAGCCAUGUAGACAAGCCUGCUCUCAUGCCCGGUGUCAAUUGGUGUGUUCGGUGCCUUGUGCACCGUGUCAAGAGUCAUGCACAUGGAGCUGCCCGCACCAUUCCUGUCCUGUACCAUGUGGCUCUGUUUGUGCAAGGUUGCCCUGUGAUGUACCUUGCAACACCAUUCUGCGUUGUGGACACAAGUGUCCUUCUGUCUGCGGGGAAGAUUGCGACAUCCAAAUUUGCCCGCAGUGCGCCUCCGAUGACAAGAAACGCCAUGUCGUUGAUUUUAUCAUGCAGCGCACACUAUCCGAAGUUGCACCGGAGUUGCAAACUCUGGACGAGAUGUUGAUUACCAUUCCCUCGUGCAAGCACACGUUCACCGUGGAAACUUUGGAUGGUCACUGCAGUAUGAAUGAUUUUUACUUCCAGAACGAGUCUGGACAGUGGCUUCGUAUGCUUUCCCCUAUCGGAUUCAGAAAACCCCCUACGUGUCCAACAUGUCGUUCGCCAAUCACAGCUCCCAGAUAUGGUCGCAUCUUCAAGCGAGCUGAUUUAGAUAUCUUGGAGCACAAUGUUGCCGCCCGUAUGUCUCGAGCGCUUGACCAGGUCCAAACCGCCAUUCUACGUAUUUCUGAAGAUGAGAUGAAGGCUGCGGUCAUCCGUGACGCAGCUACCAUCAAAAUCCGCCCCUCAAAGACCAAAAAGCCCACUUCACAGGCAAAGGCUCGUUCUGAGGAGUUGACGUCAAAGAAGGAAGUCCCCACCUCAGAACGCGCCCUCAACUCUGCCAACACUUCCUUGCAUGCUAUCGAUUCAGCAGUGGCCGUAGCUUGGGGUAAGAUUACCCACAGACUACUCAAUGUCUACAAGGAGGCAACUGCAGUUGCCGAAACACGCUCUGCCCACCUACAUGCUUGGGAGUCUGCAUUUUCAUUCCUGUAUCACCGCGAAAUGGCCGCUCUCGUCAACAAUCCAGCUCAUAUGCCUGUUCGGCCGCAGGAAAAUGCAAUGAGGCUCGCGAGACUGCAAGUCGGCCAGCCGCGUCCGCUAGCUGAUAGACGGUUCAUCGUGGAAGCCUUCUGGUGCACGUUGCAUAUUCGUUUGACUCUGAUUACUCUGGGUCGCACGUGGCUAGAAGAGGUGGGCAAGCGCGAAGUCGACUAUCCGAUGUACCAUUUUCAGCAAUGGGCGAACUACGUCAAGUUCAUGCUACAGAGUUGUUCUCUCGAUGUGACCAAGGCUCUCGAGCUCGCAAGGAGCUCAGAAUCCCACCGACAGGUCACCAAGACUUCUCUUCUCAGCAUGCGUGUCGAGCUGGAGAACUUCCGGUUUAGCUUAUACAUGUCUAACAAACUUGGGAACAUCAAGAAUCAAAGAUCAGAAAUAGCAGAGGCUGCAAGACAGCGCGGCCGCGGGGCGCAGCAGUUGAUGAGGGAUGUAGUCGCAGAGCAUUUCGCAAACAAGGUCACACCGUCCCGAGAAGAAGAGGCUUCCUGGGUGGCAGAGAACUUUUCUAGUGCUGCGCAAACGAUCGUGGAUGAGUGGGAGGCCAUUAAGGAGGCCGUCCGUAGAUCCACGUUUUAUCAGGAAGUCUCGUUAAAGGAGCAGAUGGAAAUAGUGCGAGCUUUCAACUUCGGCAGCACUGGACACUUCUACAACUGUGCAAACGGUCACACAUUUGUUAUUACCGAGUGCGGAGGAGCCAUGGAACGCAGUGUUUGUCCGGAGUGUGGCUCUCCCAUAGGGGGACAGAGCCACCGCCUCGACACUUCAAAUACCAGAGCAACUCAGUACGACGAGCUUGCUCAGCGAGCAAACCCCGGUAUAACAGGAACCCCUUGGGCCAAUCCUUAUUAG